CUUUUAUUUCUCUCUCCCCCCCCCCCCCCUCUCUCUGUCGUGAUUCCUGUUGUUAAAGUCCUUUGUUGUAUUUCCCGGGUGUUGAGUUGGUGAGACACACUCACUCACACUGUCGUGUCUCAGCACAAGGGAAAGCGUUUGUGCCGGCGGCCGCGAUGUCGGAUGACGACUCGAGGGCGAGCUCCAGCCCCUCCUCGUCCUCUCCCAGCUGCUCGCCGCCCGCAGCCGACGGGGAGACGGACGGCAACCACAACAACGGCGGCGGCGGCGGCGGCGGCGGAGGCAGCGGCGGCGGAAACAAGAGGAAACGAGAAAGCAAGACUAACACCAUGAGCAAGAAUCCCAAACUGCUCACCACCAGCGCCAAGAGGAUCCAGAAGGAGCUGGCCGAUAUCACGUUGGAUCCGCCGCCGAACUGCAGUGCUGGACCUAAAGGUGACAAUGUGUAUGAAUGGAGGUCAACGAUCCUGGGGCCCCCCGGCUCAGUGUAUGAAGGCGGUGUGUUCUUUCUUGACAUCGUGUUUUCAGCAGAGUAUCCUUUUAAACCACCCAAGGUGACAUUCCGGACAAGGAUCUACCAUUGCAAUAUCAACAGUCAGGGGGUGAUCUGUCUGGAUAUUCUGAAGGAUAACUGGAGCCCAGCACUCACCAUCUCCAAGGUCCUUCUGUCAAUCUGUUCACUUCUCACAGACUGCAACCCCGCGGACCCUUUGGUUGGGAGCAUAGCCACACAGUAUAUGACUAACAGGGCGGAGCAUGACAGAAUAGCAAGACAGUGGACCAAGAAAUACGCCACAUAAACUGGAUGUUCGUCGUUGGUCUCUGGUGCAAACGAGCUGCUCCUCACUGGAUUGAAAAGGGGAAGGGGCUGGGGGUGAUGGGGUGGGGGGAGGUCAACGGGACAAGCAUUCCUAUUACAGGUUUUAAAUGCGACAGGUCUUUUAUUUGCAUAAGUCUAGUCAGAACUCUUGAUGAGCUUUGUUAUUGUAGCUUAAAUAAUAAACUAUUGAAAUGAAUAGGUAGGAAAUUCACAUGGAAAAGUUUGAAGAAUACAACAUGAUGGGUUAAGAAGACCCAGAUUUGUUACUGAAAUAUUAAGUGAUACCUCUUUACUGGUAUAGGUUUUACUUGUUUGCGUUCACUGUGUACGGUCACAAUUUGAAGAUGUUUGCCAAUCAGGGGUUAAAACAAAAUGGAAAUCUAAAGGAAAGCCAGCAUCUCAAGAACUUUGAAAACCCCAUUAGAAUAAUGGUCAGAGAAUGUGGAAUUGUCUUCAUUCAGGGAAUAAGAAACAAAUUGUCAAAUGUUUGGGGGAGCGGGUUUUAAUUUGCAGAAAGCAAGGAGACAAUGUGAGAAGAUUCCAAAAUCCUUUCAAAUAACUAUUUGCCUUAUGUAAAUUCUGCGUCACAGCAGUUGUGAAAUAGGGGCAGUUUCAAUUUAAUUUUGUACAGAUUUGGGCACUGUUUAAAAUUCACAAAUUGUAACCUUCAAAGCAGAGGUGAAAGGCUCUGAGUCUGCGGUGGUUUCCAAUUCUACAAAUGUCUGUUCCAACACACGGUUAUGUCAAUGGUCACGCUGUAGUCCAAUGGGAGUAUUGUAUUGAAAUAUGUAUGGCUGCUUAUUUGAUGCAGAGUUUGCAAAAAAAAAAGAAGAGUCUGCAUCUUAAUUCUAAUUUUUUAAAACAUCAUUACAACUUGAGAAUGAAUUGUUAGCUAUUGAAAUCUUGAAGUUCUCUCAGUUAUUGUUAAAAAUCUAUUGGCCUCAUUCACAUUACAAAAUUAAAGGAAGUUGGCCCUCAACCAGUCUAA